UCCUUUCAAAAGACUGUUGAAGCAGCAUAUUAUCCUGUGCGCUUUUCAAAAUUCACAAGUGCGACAAGACAAAGAAAUAUUCUGAUGCGUUCAGCUGAAAUCUGAUUGGCUCAAUUGUUUUGUUACCAAGGGAAUUUCAUGCUGGAUUAGUUCCUUCCGCGUGGGUUAUGUAAACACACAAGCGAUUGAUCGUAAACUCAAAUCAAAAACAUGUCUACAAAGCGAAAGCGAGCCGUUCUAUCGAUUAAAGAUAAGCAGAUAAUUAUUUCAUGUUUAUAUAAAGGAGAGAAAGGAACAAAUUUAGCUCAAGAAUUUGGCAUCAGCGCUUUAUAUGCUUUCAGAUGUUUGGUACGAGGGAAGCCCGGAAUCUAUUUGCAAGGCUUAUGAUAAAUUGAGAAUUCAUUCGGACAACAGCGAGCCAAAUUCACACCCCGAAUUCAGAGAGGAUAAUAUCGCUGAGUCCAUGGUCGAAAUGUUGGAACAUGUACAACAACUUGACAAUGAGGAAAUGCCUAAUGCUCARGAUGUGGAAGACUGGCUUAAUCUGGAAAACGAGCUCCCGACUUCACAGCAAAUGUCUGAUGAAGAGAUUUUAGCCACCGUUGUCGGAGAUUUGACGGAAAGCAAAAGUGUAUGUAGCGACGAGGAAGAUGAGGGCAAGGACGAGAAAAUAGUAUCGACUAAAGAGGCAGUGCAAUGUUUCAAAAAAUGCUUGUCGUGGAUGGAAUCACAGAACGAUAUUGACCCUGUGCAGUUAAUGCAGCUAAGACGAAUGAUGGACUUCGCAACGCGAUCAAGCUACAAGUCUUUGAAGCAAACAAACAUGCUUGAACAUUUUACACCUUUGUAAAUACCUGAACUGAAAGUUUUUAUUUGUAAAUACAUACAGGCUGUGUAGAUUUCACAAUUAAAAUGAUGUUUUCUUUGCU